AAGCCAUAUGUUGCUUACUUUGAAUACAAUGUGUUUUAUUCCGCGGAAUCCGUUGCUAUGGUUUCCUUUCAUUGAUCCGUGAGGUUUCCAGGGUCAGGUUCAAAGUCACCUGACACUCGGAUUUUUUCGCACGGAUUCUUCACCUGGGUUUUGCUGCCCCGAAACAUCGGCCGACAGGUCAUAUAGUUCUUUUCAUUUUGAAGCCGUCGUUCGUCUUGCUUAAAAUGCUGUUCAGAAAGGAAAAAGUUGAUGAUAAAGCGCUGCCCCUGGAGAAAAAUUCGGAUCACGAUAAAUCCAUCACGUGCAUGGCGUUGUCUGAUGACCAGUCUCUACUGGUUUCCGGAAGCGAUGAUGGAACUGCGAGAAUGUAUAGCGCAAAAACGACUUCAAUGGAAUGUCUUGGAGUUUUCCGGGGCCACACGGAUUACAUCACGUGCAUCGCCAUCUUCGACACCCAUGUGAUCACGGGAAGCGCGGAUUGUAGUGUUAGGAAAUGGGAUAUGGCGAGUUGUGAGUGUUUAGAUGUGUACCAGGGCCACGCUAGUCGGAUUUUCAGCAUUAUCUGCUCCGGGAACGUCAUUGUUUCCUCGUCUUACGACAAAUCUGCCCGAGCCUGGCGAUUUGACACGUCCGACUUGGAUGAUGACGAGGAUCCUUGUCUCCGUACUUUUGUGGGACACACGAAGGCUGUUCUUUCACUGGCAUUCUUUCAUGGAGCGAAUUCCGGUUAUGACAGCGAUGAAGAUUCCCCGGGGGAUUUCUCGGAAAAGCUAAUCACGGGUUCAGCAGAUGGGACAGCAAAGUCCUGGUUCUUGAAGUCGCCAAAUUGUGUCAAGACUUUCAAAGGCCACACUGGCCCGAUUUCUUCGAUAGCCGUUGAUGAAGAGGCCGCUAUUCUGUUCACGGCAAGCAUGGAUAAAACCGUGCGAAGUUGGGACGUACAUCUUGGCCGCUGUCUUAAGGUCCAGGUCCUCCUCAGUGGAAAGUUUGUCCAAGUAUUUACGGGUUGUGGAGACAAGAGUUUGAGAGCUUUUGAUGCCAAAUCCGGGGCAUUGAGGAGAACUUACAAAGGCCACGAAGCGGGCAUAACUGCUAUGGCGUAUGUGGGCGGUUUCAUCAUAUCUGGCGGCUUCGAUGGUACUUUGAUCAAGUGGAGCACCGCCGACUUGGUGUAAGGUCUGAUGAGACGCUUGUCGAAAAUUCUGUGGCGGCAAUCAGUCCUCAAGGCUGAUUCAAUGGUGUGAUAUAAUUUCGGGUCAUUUUUGCGUGGUGUGUGUUCAUGCACCUUUCGAGAUUGAAGUGCCUUUAAAAAAAAUUAUUUUCCACCUCAAAGUAGAAUGCAUUCUUCGUCGCCCAUUUUGAGUUUAGAAGUCAUAAAAUAUAUGGAAGGCCAUGAUGUAACAUGAACUGCUUCUUUCAAAAUUUUGAAGAGGAUUUUUCAAAAGAAAUAUAAGAUUCAGCUUCUGUUCGAAAUUGUCUCUUCAAAUAAAUGUUUCGCUUGGGCGCAACAUUUCGAUCAAACUAAAAUAAUGAACAACGAAGCGAACUGCGAAAAUGAGGAAGAUACAUUUAUUGCUUUACAAAAUCAUGAAUCUAAUGCACUCAAAUUCCCGAUUUCCGUGAUUUCGAUUAAAUCUGCUUACGGAAAAAUGCGUAUGAGUAAAGAACAGAAAAAUAAAGGAUAUGGUUUUCUAUAAUGAUACAUAAAACUAGCAGCAAAAUAUUGCACUGAUGUAUUUCCGCGCGCAAUUUUCUGUACAGUGCUGUAUAUUGUUCAAUCGCACUACAGCAUUAAAGGGAGAAAUUCAUCAA